AUGAGUGCGCACAUGCUGAUGCCAUUUCGGCGUCGUCCGUGGACCUGUCGGACCUGUCUGCAGCGCCUGCAGCGCCUGCAGCCUCGCCGGUACCUGGAGACGGCCGCAUCGCCAGCGUCCCAUGCGACCAGUUCCGACUACUCCCCCGCAAAUCACACAACACGACAGAAGACGACAGACGAUGAAACAUUACGCCGAGUAUUCGACUCCCAGCCGUUCUGGCGCGACUUCUCGCAGCGCAGCUCUGCCCAGACCAAGCCGACCGGGUUGGUACAGAACCAAUACUUGACCAGCCCCGAAGGGUUUCGGACGUUCGCGGGCAACACCCUCCAGAAAUGCCAAGCGAUUGUGACAAAGGUGUUGCAGGCGUCGACAUUGGAGGAUUAUAGAACUAUGGCGCGCGAUCUGGACCGACUAAGCGACCUCCUGUGCCGUGUGAUUGAUUUGUCGGACUUCAUUCGAGUCAUCCACCCGGAUCCCCAGGUGCAGGACGCUGCCACUCAGGCGUACGCCCUCAUGUUCGAGUACAUGAAUGUACUAAACACCACCACCGGGCUCCACGAUCAACUGAAAACAGCGGCCGCCAACGCGGAUGUCACCUCGCAUUGGAGUGAGGAGGAGAAGAUCGUUGCGCACAUCUUGAUCAAGGACUUUUCGAAUUCCGCAAUCCACAUGCCCCCGAAUGAACGCCAGCGAUUUGUCAAUCUUUCCAAUGAAAUCAGCCAGGUGGGAUCGGCCUUUGUCAACAGCGCCGAGCCAGCCAAAUCCCAUGUGGUCGUGGGUGCCAACAGUCUCCGUGGGCUGGACCCGAUCCUCGUUCAAAAGAUUAAGCGGUGGAACCGGACAGCGUCGGUACCGACCACGGGACUGAUCCCGAGACUGGCGUUGCGGUCAGUCCACGAUGAGUCGACUCGGAGAGAGGUCUACCUGGCCACGAGAACAUCGAGCGGACGACAGAUCGGGCGCCUCGAGGAGCUUCUGGCCAAGCGGGCAGAGUUAGCCAAGCUCUCCGGAUUCUCCAGCUUCGGCCACAUGACGCUCAGCGAUAAGAUGGCGAAAUCCCCCGAGGCGGUGUCGAACUUCCUCACGUCGUUGGUGGGGAGCAACCGGGAGUUCGUCCGCGAGGAGCUAUUCCGGCUACAGCAGAUGAAGGGAGACUCCCAGAUCCAGCCCUGGGACCAUGCGUACUAUGUGCAUCAGCGGGUCAUGCAGCAUUCGCAGUCCCGACGGUCGCGCGAGCUGAGUGCGGUGCCCGAGUUUUUCUCCCUCGGGACGGUAAUGCAGGGCUUGUCCCGGCUCUUCGACCGUCUCUACGGAGUGCGUCUGGUGCCCCAGGAAACCGCGUCCGGCGAGACGUGGAACCCGGACGUGCGUCGUCUGGACGUGGUCGACGAGUCGGGUCGGCAUAUCGCAGUGAUCUACUGCGACCUGUUCUCGCGACCGGACAAGCACCCCAACCCGGCGCACUUUACGCUGCGGUGCUCGCGCGAAAUUUCCCCUGAGGAAGUGGCCGAGUGCGCGACGCUCGACCAGUCGGCCCACCCCAAUGACGGCAUGGCGACGGCCAUCGACCCGCAGUCGCAGACGCUCCGUCAGCUACCCACGAUCGCGCUGGUCUGCGACUUUGCCGAACCUCCGGCGACGGGCGCAGGGCGUCCGUCGCUGCUCAGCGAGCACAGCGUGCGUACUCUGUUCCACGAAAUGGGCCACGCGCUGCAUUCAAUCCUGGGCCAGACGCGACUGCAGUCCAUCUCGGGGACGCGCUGCGCAACAGACUUCGCGGAGCUGCCGUCCGUGCUAAUGGAGCGAUUUGCCACCGAGCCGGCGGUCUUGUCCAUGUACGCACGCCACUGGGAGACCGACGCGCCCCUGUCGGAGAACAUGAUGCGCAGCAUGGAGCAGGACCGCACGGCCCACGGAUCGAUCUACGGCGCAGUCGAGAACGAAUCCCAGAUCCUCAUGGCUCUCGUCGACCAGGCCUACCACUCACUGCCGGCCGGAGGCGCCAUCGACAGCACGCACAUCUACCACCAGGUGUCGUCGGCACACUCCACCCUGCCCGACCCGGCCGACUCCCAGCCUCCCACCUCGUGGCAAGGUUUCUUCGGCCAUCUCUACGGCUACGGCGCCACCUACUACAGCUACAUCUUCGACCGGGCCAUCGCGAACAAGAUGUGGGAGGACGUUUUCCAGGCGGGGCAGGCAUCCGUGGAUCGCUCCGCUGGCGAGCGCUACAAGAACGAGGUGCUCCGCUGGGGAGGCGGCCGCAACGGCUGGGAGUGCGUGGCGGGCGUCCUCGGCAGUGGAAACCCAGCCAACGCCGACGGUCGCCUGGUUGAGGGCGGCGAUGAGGCGAUGCGCGAGGUAGGACGAUGGGGACUGGGGCGCGAUGGCGUCUCUGGAUAG